AUGCGCGCGCUCCAAAUUUUGACGUUAAGCAUUAUAUUUUUUCACGCGUGUGCCCAAGAGGUGUCGUUGGUGAAGCUGUGUACGCACUGCACAUGCAGUGAGAUCCCCGAUGUUGAUGGGACACAUUUAGUGCUGAACAUUCUGUGCUCCGAACUGGAUAAGGUGGACGACCUUGCUGAUUUGGACAAGAUAGAAUGGCCGGAUAAUUCUAAUGGACUGAAGAUUUCCGCCACCUUUGAAGGAUUGGGACUCACGACGCUUGGGAAGCUACCACCAAAUUCACAAGUUGAAACCCUUCGCUUCAGCAACAACGCGAUAACAACGUAUUGGCCGAACCCCUUUAGCGACGUACCGAACUUAAAAAUACUAUCUUUCUCACAAAACGACCUUGCCGAGUUGACUUCUGAUCUCUUUACAAACAUCAAAAGUUUGGAAGACCUAGAUUUGUCUUACAACAAGUUGACUCGCAUCAGUCCAUUGGACUUGAAGAAUGUCCAACGCCUAAAGAAAUUAAACCUUCAAAGCAAUUCGCUUAGAAAGUUCCCGGUAGAGGCGUUACAGUCCAUGAAUGUUCUGGAAGACCUGGAUUUAAGUAAAAAUGGAAUAAUAGACGUUUUGUUGCGGAGGGCAGUUACUGACGGAUUGAAAGGAGUGAAACGAUUGAACCUUAGUGGUAAUAGAAUAAGGUCUAUUGUUAAGGAUUCUUUUCCGGAAGAUAAUAAUAUCGAACUUCUGGACCUUUCAAACAACGUAAUCGAAGUUAUCGAAGAAGAGGCUUUUUUGACCUGCACCAGUUUACGUGAAUUGAACCUAGCACAGAACAACAUAACGUUUACUUUCGCACUUCCACCUACACUUCAAAUCGCGAUACUUAGGAUUAAUACCCUGUACCACUGGCCUAAAUUCCCUGCUGGAAUCACAUAUAUCGACUUAUCGUAUAAUCGACUAUCAGCUCUCUAUGACGAAACCAGCAUUGACUUUCACAACUUAGAGAUUCUUAACAUUGGAGGGAAUCAAAUAAAAGAAUUCGACUUACAAAAGAAAUUGCCACGGCUCUUCAGUUUGGAUAUUUCGUACAAUAUCAUUCCUGAAGUCCCUAAAUGCAUCAGCAGCCAGAAUUUCCCGACUUUAGAAGAAUUAAGAUUAGAUGGCAACCCAAUCGAUAGUAUUUACUUUAAAAAUAUAAUUGCUCUUAAAAAUUUGUAUAUGAAUGAUAUGAACAAACUUUCUAUUGUGGAAGAUAAAGCUUUCAGUAACGUGAUUGGUCGACCGGGAGAUGAGAUAGUGUAUGAGAAGACAUGCUUCUCUCUCUAUUUAUCAAAUUGUGCAUCGCUUCGCGAAAUUCAAGAAGGCGCGUUUGAUGGGACUACGUUGUGUAUGCUAGAUAUAAGCAAGAACAACCUAACACAUCUAUCGAGAACGCUCCUUGAAUGGAGGUCCCUAACGGAGGGGGCUAAUCUCCAGUUUAACCCAUGGCAUUGCUCCUGCGACAUGGAAUGGGUUCUAAAGGACUUACUUCCACAGAUGUACAAGACAAACUCCUUACUCCUCAGUGAAUUUAGGUGUGGGUCUCCACGUGCCUACGAAGGUCUACGCCUGGUUCAUUGGUACAACUGGACCGAACAGGCAAUGUGCACAGAUGCUUAUGGUUUAGACAAUUAUCAGAUUGAACCGUCAACAAUAAAAUCAUCACAAAUUAGUUCCUUGACUUUAAUCCUCGCUGGAUGCAUCAUUGCAGCGCUGAUCGUUGCUACAGCGCUGUCCGUUUACCUCAUACGAAAUAGACGAAGACACAAUGUGAGGCAAGCCGCUUUAAAACGAAAGCGACAAAGCGCUUUAGAUGUAAGAGAGGCCAAUGGGCACGAGCAGUUCUCAGCUUUAAAUAAAGCGUGA